CUGACACAGAGACACAUGUAUACCUACAAGUGUUAGUUCCACAGCUCAGACCAGUCUGCUUAUUAAUGAGUUAAGAUUAAAUAUAACUAAUAUAAACAACACGCUGUAGGACGACAUCUCUGAUUGAUAACUCAUUGAAGACAUUGGAUUAUAGUAAAGCAAAACAUCAUUAACAGGUGCUGAAUUCUCCUGACUGACUGCAGGCUGAAGAGGCUGGAUUUAUGGCUCAAUAUGACCAACUCGAGGAUAAAGAUUCACUGGAUAUUCAUGAUAACCCUCCAGCUCCAGACAAUGUUGUAAAGGAGGACGACAACACUGUUUAUUUUGUGUAUGAUGAAGAGGUGGAGGAAGAGGAGGCCCCUCCCGCUCCGACCCCUGAGCCUGUAGUUCAGAUCAAUGACAAGCCACACAAAUUUAAGGACCACUACUGCAAGAAACCCAAGUUUUGUGACGUCUGCGCACGAAUGAUUGUUCUCAAUAAUAAGUUUGCCUUGCGCUGCAAAAACUGCAAGACCAACAUUCACCACUCGUGCCAGUCAUAUGUGCAGUUCCAGAGAUGCUUUGGCAAAAUACCACCUGGUUUUAGACGGGCAUACAGCUCUCCACUCUACGAUCAAGAGAUCAAUAACCCUGGUCAGCAGAACCGCACUGACCCGGUGUUUGAAACACUGAGAGUGGGUGUAAUCAUGGCCAAUAAAGAGAGGAAGAAAGGUUCUGAGGACAAAAAGAAUAUGAUGAUGAUGAUGAUGGAGGAGGAGGAAGCUCAACAACCGAAAGAGGAUGAAGAGGGUGGUGAGGGAAAGCAAGAUGGAGACAAGAAAGACAAAACAGCAACAGAUGACAAGAACAAGAAGCAGCAGCAGACAUUCAGUCAGUCUCACUAUUAUAUGGCUUUGUAUCGCUUUAAAGCCAUUGAGAAAGAUGACCUGGACUUCCAUCCAGGAGAUCGCAUCACAGUGCUGGAUGACUCCAAUGAGGAGUGGUGGAGGGGUAAGAUUGGGGAGAAGACCGGAUACUUGCCCAUGACUUACAUCAUCAGGGUGCGAGCUGGCGAGAGGGUGUUUAAAGUGACACGCUCCUUUGUGGGAAACAGAGAGAUGGGCCAGAUCACCCUGAAGAAAGAUCAGAUUGUGGUGAAGAAAGGAGAAGAGGUGAAUGGAUAUCUGAAGGUCAGCACUGGCCGUAAACUGGGCUUCUUCCCCGCUGACCUGCUACAGGAGAUCUGAAUGACGGAGAUUUAAUCAUGAAGAACAUAAGUAAAGCUUAAGAAUGGAUGGAGAAAGAAGAAUAAAUAAACAAGAAAUGACAACAAUAUCUGACCUCACUCUGUCGCUCUGACAGAAAUAUGAAUACAUGUGCAUGAACACAGGGUCUAAAUUUAAUACUCACCAAGCACUAUAUAUGAAUACAAAAGAUAUUUACUCAUAAAGAAAAAAACAACAUUGCUUACCUGUUGACCAGUUAUUUUAUUAGGAACAUAAUCAAUGAAUUCACACUGCAUGAAUGAUAGUGUAAUCCUAGCUCAUGUGAGCGACAUACAAACUGUUUUGUGAAGAAAAUCACAAUACUACAUUUUAUUUAGGAAAAGUUUGUUUUCUCUAGAACUUAUUGUGGCAAUACUUACAGUACAUUGACCAAAAACAAAAUCACAGGGUCUUCAUGGAGACAGACUAAUCUCAGAUGUCAGUGGUUUUAAACCCUGUUCCCGGAGCCCCCAACAGUGAACACUUUACAUUUCUCCUUAGAACAGAGUUGAAAACCACUGUCAGAUGUUACAGUAUAUGAUUAAACGACACAACAAAAAUGAUCUGUUUCUGUUCUGCUUCUUCUGAUGAAUGUUUUUGAGAGUUUUAAUCAUUUCAUUAGGGGUAAAUCUUAAUGCUACAGCAAACAACCUUCUAGAGAAUUGUGAGCUUGUUGGAACAGCUUAGGAAACUUUUUUUUCUUUUCUUUAUUAGCACUAGUUCUUCUAAACAAAACGAGUCCAUAAAGAAAUUCUGGUAACAUUUUAGUUUAGGAAACACAUAUUCACUAAUUACUAAGAGUUUUCCCUCAAUGAACAAAUGUGCUGCUUAUUUAUAGUUAGUAAGGUAGUUGUUAAGUUUAGACAUGGGGUCGGGUUAAAGAUCUAGAACUUGGUCAUACAAUACAAUACAAAUUUUAUUUUUAUAGCACAUUUAAAACAACUGCCAUUGACCAAAGUGCUUACCAGCCUCAAAACAUACAGUCACAAAAACAAAAUUCAACAACAAUUCAACAAAAUUCAACAUUAAAAAGUACAACCUGAACCCUCUAAUCAACUCCAAAAGCUCUACUAAAAAGGUAGAUUUAAUAUGCAUUUGGAGAGGGUUCCAUAAACGGGGAGCAGCCACUGAAAAGGCCCUAUCGCCCUUAGAUUUUAAUCUCGUUUUAGGAACAUGAAGAAUCAUCUGAUUCGAAGAUCUCAACUUCUUGAAUUUUGAUAAGGACUGAAGAAUUCUGGUCAUGCAGAAUAAGGCAUUGAUAUGUGCCUAAUAAGUACUAAUAAACAGCCAAUGAACCCCACUGAACACAUUUGAGUCAUUCUGGAACAGAAAAUGACCCUUCUUCAAACUAAAAUGGCAAAAAUAAAGGCACCAAAAUGAAA